AGCCACAGGUGACGUCACGACGCGAUCACGCACCCCAAAGUCACAUGAAACCUUUCAUAUUGAAAGUGUUUUUUUAAUGUACCGAUUUUUGUCUUUUCUACGCCCAAAACUGUCGCAAGUGAAACUGAAACUGCAAUUUAAUCUGCAGGAGGUCUAAAAGAUCCAACAUGGAUGAGGACGGGCUGCCAAUUGUGGGGUCUGGAGUUGAUCUUACCAAGGUUCCUGCCAUUCAACAGAGAAGAAUUGUUGCCUAUCUCAAUCAGUUUGUUGUGCACACAGUUCGGUUCCUUAACCGCUUCUCCACUGUUUGCGAAGAGAAACUUGCAAAUAUAUCUCUUCGCAUACAGCAGAUUGAAACCACUCUCUGUAUUUUGGAAGCCAAGCUGUCCUCCAUUCCUGGACUGGAGGACGUCACAAUAGAUGGAAUUGGUCAGCAGCGAACUGCACAGGCUAAUGGACCCACUGCUGCCAGUCAGAGCCAAACAGGUGGUCCAUCAGCAGGGACUCUGCCACCUCCAGAGCCUGCUCAGACUGCACCAGAAGCUGCACCGACACAGAAAGCAGAAGCAGCUGCAGCUGCAGAGAAUGUCAUGACUGUUGCUAAGGACCCACGUUACGCCCGAUAUCUGAAAAUGGUUCAAGUGGGGGUUCCAGUUAUGGCCAUUAGGAAUAAAAUGGUCCUGGAGGGUUUGGAUCCCAACUUGCUAGACACACCAGAUGCCCCAGUUCCAGAUGGAGGAACAAAGAAUGCAGAGGAUCAAGAUGUUGCCGCCACCAGCUCUGACAGCGAAUCAUCUUUCAGUGACUGACAUCUUUCCCAUAUCCUCCUCACCAUGAAGCUGUCUGCAAAGGCCGUCCAUCGCAAUCUGAGCUUCUUCAGGCCUGUACUUAGAGGAGGACAAGUCUGCAGUGUGCCUGUAAAGGAGGACCAGCCGGAGGGUGGAGAUGUAGGUGCCUGAGACAGAGUCUGUCCACAGAGAUUUGUAAUUUCAGUGUGAAUGAGCUGGAAUAGUUUUCUUGUUGGUCAAUCUGACCUCCUUGAGUUUGAUACAUUAUUAGCAUUUUUAAUUAAUGAUCAUUCUUUUCAAAAAAGAGGGGGUACUUUCCCCUUGUUGAUUAUAUAAGCUGUGGUCUUGAGGACACGGCUGUAGCAAGUAGCUUCUCUACAAAACCUGUCAGAUAGUAGUUACAGGUCGUCUGUGUCAGUGACACUAAUAGAGAUACACUCAUCAGCUGGUACUUCUGUCUCGUUUUGUUACAGGGUCCAGAUAAAAUAUCUACAUAUGUUGGAUACUCUGAAUGAUUAAAACAAUCCGUCAAUCUGUCACAAUGGUCUUGUUCCAGUAUCAAUAUUCUGUGCAUCACAAACCUGUUUAGUAAGGCCUUUUUCUCGUCAGUCAUAUUGUGCUACAAAGUAUCAGGAAGUUGCAGUCUGAACACCUGAAAUACCAGUUUCUCUGCAUGUUAAAGUAGCUGUGGUCUGCAAAAGCAGUGUGACGAAUAUCCUAAAGUAAAGAUUAUCUCUUAGCUAUGCAUUAUCUCUAAGAUAUUGUAAACAAGCUGCAGAGGAUGAAUAUUAUGCGUUUCCAGUGUUUUACCUUGUUUCCUACUUUUCUUUUCAAAGUGACCACAGUGGAAGAGAGACAACCACAGUAGAUUCAGUGUAAAGCCACUGUUGCUUUGGCAUUCAUUUAGAUGAAGUCAGUGGCUUUGGAAAGUAUUCAGACCCCUUCAGUAUUUGUACUUUAUUAUAAUGUGAUUAAUCUUAUCUUUUGGUAAUAAUCUGCUCAGUCAUUACAAAUCUUUUUUUAAAAGAUAAAAAUACUAAGUGAAAUCUGAAUACUUCCUGAAGCAGCUGUUUGUGUCUUUGAUUUAUGAUAUAAAAGUCUAUAAUUAAAAAGGAGUUGUAGUGUUUAUUCCGGCUCUGCUUUAAGUAUUUCCAUCACUAACAUUUCUCAUUGUCAUGCCUCUUAAUCUUGUAGAUUUUUAAAUGUUUUGCCAGGAAUAAGAGUUUAUUGCGCACUGACCUCUGCUCAAAUGAAGAGUAAACAAACUUGCACUAAGAGGCGAAUCAGUGAUAAAAAAAAAAGGUCAGCUACGGGUUAUUUUUGUUUGACUCUUUGUCAUUACAUCGACCAGAACUUGUGUGUACAUGCCCAGAGACUGUGCCAAGAAUGCUUUAGCACAAUAUACAUUUAUUGUCUUUUUAUAAGAUCUCUAUGGAUGAAUAUUACACCAUGGUGACUGUGAAAAAGUUGAAUGUGGAGAAAUCUGGUAAGCACUUUGUUUACGAGAGCAAGAACUGUUGCAUUUUGCCUGUAAUAAACACUCAUACAGUUUGCUUUUUAAAAAAAAA